CUUGAAUAGCAGCAUAACUGCCUGUUAUCAUGAAGAAAUACGCCGCUUUCGAUAAGCACCUAAGGAAAGGUUGAAUUACACAUUUUUCGCAGCUACAUUUCUCAUUGUUAAACAGAACCUACCUCUCACAAGAGAACGGCGCUCAAGUCGGACAGGACGUAACUGAGCCCUAAUUGACAAGUUUGACAGAGAAACUCGUCAAGAUGACACGCCAAAAACAUGAGCAAGAGCUUGCUCAUGUUCUCCUCACGGAGUUGUUAGCAUACCAAUUCGCGAUGCCUGUCCGGUGGUCAGAAACUCAAAGCAUACUCUUUGACCGAGUCAAUGUUGAAAAGCUAGUCGAGUUUGGCCCUUCUCCUACACUAUUAAAUAUGGCAAAGAAAACUCUAGGCCAGUUUAAUUUCGAUUCGGAUGCUGUCAAUGGGGUAAAGCGCUCGCUUCUCUCGACUAGCUCCAACUACGAUGAUCUUCGUUACGAUGUGCCUCCACCCCCAGAGCCAGAGAGGGCGGAGAAGCCGAAAUCAGUGAAUACUUCAGAAGCAACUCCGAAGGCGAACAUGCCAAUUCCUGACGCAUUUCCUGCCAGUACACCUAUCCUAACAGCAGAUAGUUCAAUCGCUGAUACCCCAGUUACGGCAUUAGAAUCAGUCACAGCACUUGUCGCAAGCAGCUUAAAAAAGCCAGCUUCAGAUAUUAAAUUAGACGAAAGCAUUAAGGGCGUUUCGGGGGGUAGAUCAAUUGUACAGAACGAGAUAAUAGGGGACAUGUUAGAGGAAUUUGGGCCAUUGGCGGAUGACGUUGAGAAUAUACCCCUCAAAGAACUUGCUACGACAAUCCAAAGCACAUAUGAUGGGAAGUUGAAGAAAUGUUUACGUACCCGGGUUGAAAAGAUGGUUGGAUCGAAAAUGCCUGGCUCAUUCGACUUGAUCUCAGCCAGGUCCUACUUGAGUGACAAAUGGGGUCUCGCAUCUGGAAGGCAAGACUCGGUUCUCUUACUAGCACUCGGACAACAGCCUGCAGCUAGAUUCAAGAAGAACGAGGACGCGGAAGCAUUCUUCGACACAAUCGCCCAAGGAUACCUGAACAACGCAGGCCUAUCCCGACAAAGGAGCGCGGCUACGUCCAGCCCGCAACAGACUAUGCUCGAUUCCAAAGUAGUACAACAACUGCGUGACGAGCACUCACAGCUGAAGAAGAGAAUCGCCGCUCUGCUUUGCGAUGACGAUGAAACCGCAACAUCAACAGGGGCGAUGGAUAGUUCCACAGAAACCCAAGAAAAAAUCGAUAUGUACGAGAAAGAAUUAGGCAAAGACUUCUGUAACGGUAUCAAACCUAUUUUCAGCGCAGAUCAUCAGCGUUCAUACGACUCUGUCUGGAAUUGGAGCCACGUUGACUUGCUCGGCGAGUACUACAAACUCGUAGAGGGCAAUGAAGAUCAACGUGACCUUGGAUCAGCUAUAGCGGGUCUUAGAAACAGGGCAAGCAGCAGGCUCGAAAGAGCUAGGCAAUACCUGCUCAGCAAAUUAUCCUCAAAAGGAGACAAUGGGAUAGAAGGGAUCAAAACGGUGCUUGACAAGCUCAGCCCUAGAGACAUGAAACCUAUCAAGGAUAGGCCACAAGAAACCUACCAAGGCGUGCCGCUAGACAUUGCUCUUCAAACCUCGAAGCAACAACCACAAUCCGUUGAUCAAGGUACACAGUCACCUCAUAUACUUCGAAGACGAGGGGCCUCGUGGACUCCGGAUCAGCAACUGACAACCCUCAUGAGCACUAAUAAACAAGUUCCAGCGAAACUCUUUACCGGGAAAGAUGUACUUCUGACUGGCGCAGGCCCAAACUCGAUAGGCAUUGUCCUUCUUCAGUCUCUUCUUCAGGGGGGAGCCAGGGUCUUAGUCACGACCAGUAGAACAAUGCCCGAAGCAGGUCCCAUUUACCAGAAGAUAUUCGCUAGCUUUGGAGCGACCGGAUCUAAGCUAGUUGUUCUUCCAUGCAACCAGGGCAGCAAGCAGGAUAUCGAGAAUCUCGUCGCCCAUAUCUACGACCCAGUUAACGGUCUAGGGUGGGACCUCGAUUUUAUCAUCCCGUUUGCGGCCUUGCCCGAAAAGGGCCGCGAGAUAGACAAUAUCGAUUCUAAGUCGGAGCUUGCGCAUAGAGCCAUGCUAACGAAUGUGUUGAGAAUCAUGGGCGCCGUCAAGGUUGCAAAGGAAUCGAAAGGGUCUCGUACGAGGCCUGCGCAGGUCUUGCUACCCCUUUCUCCCAACCACGGCACAUUCGGAAACGACGGUUUAUAUUCCGAAUCGAAGAUUGGUCUUAUGACACUGUUGAACAAAUGGUCAUCUGAGAGUUGGAGCGACUAUCUCUGCCUUUGCGGUGUCAUUAUCGGCUGGACUCGAGGAACAGGCCUAAUGGCAGCUAACGACGCAGUUGCAGAGGAAAUCGCUAAACGUGGCGUAGUCACCUUUUCGACGGAAGAGAUGGGAAGCCUUAUAAUAGGACUCAUGUCAGAUCCAGUGGUUUCGAUUUGCCAAACCGAAUGCCUCUUAGCAGAUCUGAGCGGAGGUAUGGGUAGCGAUCCCGAGCUAGCGGUAUUUAUUGCCGGAAUAAGGAACUCGAUGCGCCAAAACGAAGAAAUCAGGCGUGCGCUUGCUGAAGAAGAAGCUCUUGAUGAGGCCGCUACUCGAGGCAAGCCCGCCACAAUAUCGCAGUCAAGUUCACCGCCGUCCAACCCACCUCUCGUUGACCUUGAGCUGGGCUUUCCGGCACUUCCCGAUUAUACAACUCAAUUAAAACCCCUGAACUCCAGGCUAGAUGAUAUGGUCGAUCUAGAAUCAGUAGUAGUCGUGGUCGGCUUUGCCGAAAUUGGACCCUGGGGAAACUCUCGGACAAGAUGGGAGAUGGAGCUCAAAGGGGAACUUUCAAUCCAGGGCUGCAUCGAGCUAGCCUGGAUGACUGGACUCAUCAAGCAUAACCCGAAGCCGGCCCCUUCGACAGAUGGACCUGCAGCUGCGUGGCUGGACACGCCUACUGGCACGCCUGUGCAUGACUACGAGAUAAAGGCGAAGUACGAGAAGCAGAUACUCGAGCACACCGGACUGCGGCUCAUUGAGCCAAGCUCCCUGGACCACCCUAGUCGGGAUAGCAAACAGUUCCUCCAGGAGGUCAUAGUCCAGCACGACCUAGAGCCCUUCACCGCGUCGUUCGACACGGCCAUGGAGUUCGUGAGAGAGCAAGGAGACAAGGUCGAGAUUAAGCAGAUAUCCAAGAGCGACCAGUUCUCCGUCCGCCUCAGAAAAGGCGCUACCUUGAUGAUCCCCAAAGCGAGGAUAUUCGACAGGAUCGUCGGGGGCCAACUCCCCGCCGGCUGGGACCCGACGGUCUACGGACUCCCGCAGGAUCUCUGCCAGAGCGUGGACCGGUGCACGCAGAUGGCGCUGGUAUGUGCCGCCGAAACUUUCCUGUCGGCGGGAAUUACGGAUGUUUACGAGCUGUACAAAACUAUUCACAUCUCGGAACUCGCCAACUGUGUGGGAUCGGGUAUGGGCGGCGGCCAGUCCCUGCAGAAGCUCUAUCGCCAGAGAUUCCUCGACCGGCCGGUGCAGAGCGACAUAUUAGCCGAGGUAUUCAUCAACACGACGGGCGCGUGGCUGAACAUGCUGCUCAUGUCGUCGGCGGGUCCGACCAGGACGCCCGUUGGCGCCUGCGCAACGGCGCUCGAGUCUCUCAACCAAGGAUACGAUCUCAUUACAAGCGGUGCCGCGAAGAUCUGUUUGGUCGGAGGCUUCGAUGACAUGACUCAGGAUACGUCGGCGGAAUUUGCCAACAUGAAAGCGACGAAUAACAGCAUGGCCGACAUUGACCGCGGCCGCGCGCCGCACGAGACGUCGCGUCCAUGUGCCUCGUCGCGAAAAGGAUUUGUCGAGUCGGAGGGAUGCGGCAUGCAGCUACUUACCAACGCCAAGGUCGCCUUGGAGUUAGGUCUGCCCAUCAGAUCCAUCGUGGCACAUGUACAGACCGCAAGCGAUGGCGUCGGUCGCUCGGUCCCCGCCCCAGGAAAAGGCAUCAUGGUCAACGUCCGCGAAAGCCCCAGUUUCGGCACGUCCCCGCUCCUAGACAUCGACUACAGGAGGCGGUUGCUCGAGCACUCCCUGAAGUCGAUCCGCGAGCGUCAGGAACUUUUCGGCCCUCUAGCAGGAUCCGACGGUCCGGUUGACGAGAUCGAAUUAGCUGCGAAACGGGAAGAGAGAGAAGCUCGACGCAGAUUCGGCAACGCUUUCUGGACGCAUGAUACGCGGAUUUCGCCCUUGCGCGGCGCCCUAGCCGUCUGGAACCUGACAGCUGACGACAUUGGGGUCGUAUCGCUCCACGGCACCUCGACGGAUCUCAACGAGAAAAACGAAGUCGAGGUACUCCACCGACAGCUCUCUCAGCUUGGUCGGACUCCCGGCAACGCAGCGCUCGCCGUGUGCCAGAAAUACCUGACCGGCCAUCCCAAGGGCGCCGCCGCGGCGUGGAUGCUCAACGGGUGCUGCCAGAUCCUCGAAACGGGGGCGGUUCCGGGCAACAGGAACGCGGACAACAUCGACGCAGCGCUCGAGCCGUGGGAGAACCUGGUAUUCCCCAAUCGAACUAUUAAGGUGCAGGAGGUAAACGCGUUCAGCGUGACGAGUUUUGGCUUUGGCCAAAAGGGGGCCCAAGCGCUGGGAGUGCACCCUAAAUUUGUCUUGGCGACGAUCGGGGAGGAAGAGUACGACAAGUACUGUGAUAUCCGCCAACAGCGAUAUUUCAAGGCGAAGCAGCACUUCCAGAAUACGCUAUAUGGAGGCAGUAUGGUCGUGUUAAAAGAUGAUGCACCGUAUCCUAAAGCCCAGAAAUUGGAUGCAUUAGUCAAUGCAUCUGCACGAUUCUGAGCGGGAGAGUAGGAUACUGAGGACAGCGAGUCCAACAAGCCAAGCUGAUAUUUGACUUGACUUGGGCUUAGCUUGACUUAGCUUGCCCAAAUCCUAUUUUUUGAAAUAUUUGGUGGAUACCUACAGGUCCAGACCCACUUUUUAUGUAAUUUGAAAAAUAUGUGGCUGGGGAAGCUAAGUGGGUAUUUAUCCACGUUUGGCCAAUCGGAGCAUCCGGGGUUUGUUUUUCCGAAAUCUAGCCUUAAGUCAAGCCUCUAAUA